GACGUCGAUGCAGAAGAGAAGAGAAGAGAAGAGGAGGAGGACUUGGCCUCCUUUAUAAGAAGUCGGGGACCACAUGGAAGAUGUUUCAGUAUUGGGUUGACUAGCGGUGAUAUUGAACCCCGUCCUUCUCAUCUCAGGGAAGCUGCGGGUGGUGGUCCAGUAUCCUCCGAGGGAACUAUGACGAUAUUAUUUCAGUGAUCGGAUCUUUAAUCGACAAGAAGCGAGUGUGAAGCGGCCAUAAUGAAGACACCCCGCAUCGUUCUGUGCUACGUGUUGACGGCGACGUUGCUAUCCGCCGUCAGCGCAGUCCGAACGAAGAGACACCGAACCGCAGAAGACCACAAACAUGUCAUCGUGAACAUAGAGAACGAAGAGAAGACACAGUAUCUGCAGCAGAACUUCAACUCAAGUGAGUACGAGUUUGGCUACGAGGUGGGGCCGGGCGGACAGUUCCACCACGAGAACCGGGGCCCUGACGGCGUGGUAUACGGUUGCUAUGGCUACGUAGACCCGAACGGCAAGCCCCGGGUGACGUUCUACGUAUCCGACGGCUGGGGUUACCGCGUUGUGAAGCGCGGGAAUCCUGUCGAGCUGUUCCUGCAUCCACACGAUCCCCAGGACGUCGACGGCGGUGGCAGCGCGGGUGAGGACGAUGGGGACGCCUCGCAUCGUCACCAUCACCACGGAGUUGUGACCCCGUGGAAGGAACUGUACUUCCCUAAGGGCUGUGGCGGUCCUGGCCCAGGGAUAGGGGCGGCUAGCGGACCCGGCGGUAUCAUUGGUGGACCCGGUGCAGGCGGAUCUCCAGGUUCUCCGGGUUCCCCAGGCUCUGGAGGUUAUCCAGGAUCAGGCGGACAGCCAGGACAACCAGGUAGUGGAGGAUAUCCAGGCUCUCCCGGAUCGCCAGGAACUCCGGGUUCCCCAGGCUCUGGAGGUUAUCCAGGAUCAGGCGGACAGCCAGGACAACCAGGUAGUGGAGGAUAUCCAGGCUCUCCCGGAUCGCCAGGAACUCCGGGUUCCCCAGGCUCUGGAGGUUAUCCAGGAUCAGGCGGACAGCCAGGACAACCAGGUAGUGGAGGAUAUCCAGGCUCUCCCGGAUCACCAGGAACUCCUGGAACCCCGGGUUACCCAGGCUCUGGAGGCUAUCCAGGAUCAGGUGGACAGCCAGGAAAACCAGGAAGUGGGGGUUACCCCGUUGGACCCGGAUCACCGGGAACACCAGGGACACCUGGCACAUCAGGAGGUCCAGGAACACCAGGAGGCCCAGGCACACCGGGAACACCAGGAGGUCCAGGCACACCAGGAACACCUGGAGGUCCAGGCACACCGGGAACACCUGGAGGUCCAGGCACACCGGGAGGUUCAGGCACACCGGGAGGUCCAGGCACACCGGGAGGUCCAGGAACACCAGGAGGCCCAGGCACACCGGGAACACCAGGAGGUCCAGGUACACCGGGAACACCAGGAGGUGAUGGCACACCGGGCACACCAGGAUAUCCAGGACAACCCGGACAACCAGGGUUUCCAGGACAACCCGGACAACCAGGACAGCCCGGUCAAGCAGGACAUCCAGGACAGCCCGGGCAAGCAGGAUAUCCAGGACAACCAGGUCAGUCCGGACAACCUGGGGAAGUAGGAUAUCCAGGAAAACCAGGACAGCCCGGACAAGCAGGAUAUCCAGGACAGCCCGGACAACCUGGCCAAGCAGGAUAUCCAGGACAGCCCGGACAACCUGGCCAAGCAGGAUAUCCAGGACAGCCCGGACAACCUGGCCAAGCAGGAUAUCCAGGACAGCCCGGACAACCUGGCCAAGCAGGAUAUCCAGGACAGCCCGGACAACCUGGCCAAGCAGGAUAUCCAGGACAGCCCGGACAACCUGGCCAAGCAGGAUAUCCAGGACAGCCCGGACAACCUGGCCAAGCAGGAUAUCCAGGACAGCCCGGACAACCUGGCCAAGCAGGAUAUCCAGGACAGCCCGGACAACCUGGCCAAGCAGGAUAUCCAGGACAGCCCGGACAACCUGGCCAAGCAGGAUAUCCAGGACAGCCCGGACAACCUGGCCAAGCAGGAUAUCCAGGACAGCCCGGACAACCUGGCCAAGCAGGAUAUCCAGGACAGCCCGGACAACCUGGCCAAGCAGGAUAUCCAGGACAGCCCGGACAACCUGGCCAAGCAGGAUAUCCAGGACAGCCCGGACAACCUGGCCAAGCAGGAUAUCCAGGACAGCCCGGACAACCUGGCCAAGCAGGAUAUCCAGGACAGCCCGGACAACCUGGCCAAGCAGGAUAUCCAGGACAGCCCGGACAACCUGGCCAAGCAGGAUAUCCAGGACAGCCCGGACAACCUGGCCAAGCAGGAUAUCCAGGACAGCCCGGACAACCUGGCCAAGCAGGAUAUCCAGGACAGCCCGGACAACCUGGCCAAGCAGGAUAUCCAGGACAGCCCGGACAACCUGGCCAAGCAGGAUAUCCAGGACAGCCCGGACAACCUGGCCAAGCAGGAUAUCCAGGACAGCCCGGACAACCUGGCCAAGCAGGAUAUCCAGGACAGCCCGGACAACCUGGCCAAGCAGGAUAUCCAGGACAGCCCGGACAACCUGGCCAAGCAGGAUAUCCAGGACAGCCCGGACAACCUGGCCAAGCAGGAUAUCCAGGACAGCCCGGACAACCUGGCCAAGCAGGAUAUCCAGGACAGCCCGGACAACCUGGCCAAGCAGGAUAUCCAGGACAGCCCGGACAACCUGGCCAAGCAGGAUAUCCAGGACAGCCCGGACAACCUGGCCAAGCAGGAUAUCCAGGACAGCCCGGACAACCUGGCCAAGCAGGAUAUCCAGGACAGCCCGGACAACCUGGCCAAGCAGGAUAUCCAGGACAGCCCGGACAACCUGGCCAAGCAGGAUAUCCAGGACAGCCCGGACAACCUGGCCAAGCAGGAUAUCCAGGACAGCCCGGACAACCUGGCCAAGCAGGAUAUCCAGGACAACCAGGGUAUCCAGGACAUCCAGGCCAGCCCGGACAACCUGGGGAUGCAGGACAUCCAGGACAACCUGGUCAAGCAGGACAUCCAGGACAGCCCGGACAACCUGGGGAAGCAGGAUAUCCAGGACAACCAGGACAGCCCGGACAACCAGGGUAUCCAGGACAACCCGGACAACCAGGACAGCCCCUACAACCUGGGGAAGCAGGAUAUCCAGGAAAACCAGGACAGCCCGGACAAGCAGGAUAUCCAGGACAGCCCGGACAACCUGGGGAAGCAGGAUAUCCAGGACAACCAGGACAGCCCGGACAACCAGGGUAUCCAGGACAACCCGGACAACCAGGACAGCCCCUACAACCUGGGGAAGCAGGAUAUCCAGGAAAACCAGGACAGCCCGGACAAGCAGGAUAUCCAGGACAGCCCGGACAACCUGGUCAAGCAGGACAUCCAGGACAAACCGGACAACCAGGGUAUCCAGGACAACCCGGACAGCACGGACAACCUGGUCAAGCAGGACAUCCAGGACAACCCGGACAACCUGGUCAAGCAGGAUAUCCAGGACAACCAGGACAGCCCGGACAACCUGGUCAACCAGGGUAUCCAGGACAACCAGGUCAAGCAGGUCAUCCAGGACAGCCCGGACAACCUGGCCAAGCAGGACAUCCAGGACAAACCGGACAACCAGGGUAUCCAGGACAACCCGGACAACCUGGACAACCAGGACAGCCCCUACAACCUGGGGAAGCAGGAUAUCCAGGACAACCCGGACAACCAGGGUAUCCAGGACAUCCAGGCCAGCCCGGACAACCUGGGGAGGCAGGACAUCCAGGACAACCCGGUCAAGCAGGACAUCCAGGACAGCCAGGACAACCCGGUCAAGUAGGACAUCCAGGACAACCCGGACAACCUGGUCAAGGAGGAUAUCCAGGUAAACCAGGACAAGCAGGACAUCCAGGAAAACCUGGUCAAGCAGGAUAUCCAGGACAGCCCGGUCAAGCAGGACAUCCAGGCCAGCCCGGACAACCUGGGGAGGCAGGACAUCCAGGACAACCCGGUCAAGCAGGACAUCCAGGACAGCCAGGACAACCCGGAAAACCUGGUCAAGCAGGAUAUCCAGGACAGCCCGGUCAAGCAGGACAUCCAGGCCAGCCCGGACAACCAGGGUAUCCAGGACAACCUGGUCAAGCAGGACAUCCAGGACAGCCCGGACAACCUGGGGAAGCAGGAUAUCCAGGAAAACCAGGACAGCCCGGACAAGCAGGAUAUCCAGGACAACCCGGACAACCAGGGUAUCCAGGACAACCCGGACAAGGAAAACCAGGACAACCCGGUCAAGCAGGUCAUCCAGGACAACCCGGACAACCAGGACAGCCCCUACAACCUGGGGAAGCAGGAUAUCCAGGAAAACCAGGACAGCCCGGACAAGCAGGAUAUCCAGGACAGCCCGGACAACCUGGUCAAGCAGGACAUCCAGGACAUCCCGGACAACCUGGGGAGGCAGGAUAUCCAGGACAAUCAGGACAGCCAGGACAACCCGGUCAAGCAGGACAACCAGAACAGCCCGGACAACCUGGGGAAGCAGGGUAUCCAGGAAAACCAGGACAACCCGGUCAAGCAGGACAUCCAGGACAGCCCGGACAACCGGUUUAUGUUGUUCCUUACCCUCUGCCUAUUGUCCCUAGUCCAGGAUCCUGCCCCUGCUAUCUCGUUUCUCCUAGCGAGACUAACUCGACUGCAAUUACUUCAACGCCUCCAGCAAGUGGAGGUUCCUUCGCUCCUGCUUUUGGUGUCAUCGGUUUAAUUCCCGUCAUUUUCUAUCCUUACUGUGCUGGCAACAAUUCUAAUCCGCAGGCGUUGCAGCCAAUUUUCCCGUCAGCAGUGCCUGUUCCUUAUCCUUGUUCUCAGUGUGGGGGAAGCAAUACUAUAACAAGGUAUUCCAAGAACCUGCCUGUCGUGACAAGCUCUGACAGCUUCUCUCAGGUUUUGCUGCAAGCCAACCUGCCUUAUGGCUCCAUUAUUAAAUCUCCACAUCGCCGGAGGUCGGGCUAUGGUUCUCGGUCGAGGCACACGUUGAAAUCUGAUGGCGCAGAGUAAUUUGGGCGCGCCACUGGCUUCAUUACGUAAUUCUGGGUGGGUUAGGGUGUCUGGUUGGAGUACGAAUGAUUCUAUUUAUGUAAGUAUAAAUGUACAGUUCGUAAAUGAUAUUCUUGUGGCUUUUAAACCGUUUACUUUAAAACGAAGACAACUGCGUGACAUUUUUGGACUCGUGUAUGGUAAUCUGUAAUUUUCGAACUCACAAACAAACAGAGUACUCAUUAUGUUAAAUUGCAAGUCUAAUUUGUUUUUAAUUAAGUGGCACAUUUUUGUGUUUUUAAUAAUACUUCUUAGCUCUCCAUGCAGAAGAACGGAGAUAUGUGAAAAAUACUGGCCUCCUCCACAAAUAUUAGAUGUUUUAGAAGUAUGGUAAAAGCGAGGGUACUUCUAAUGAUCAUAUAUCGGCCAAAUAAUGUCAUAGCAUCACAUGCCCUAAUCCUCCCCUUUGUAUUCACGCUGAUGACAACAAAUUUCAGUUUUUGAAACAAACAUUUACACAAGAAGUUAUACUUCAUACUCUUGAAGUAUGGAUCAUGUAGAAACAUUAUUGGUUUCAAAUUCUAUUCUUUUUAUAUUUUAAAAUACAUUUUGUAAGAUCAUAUUUAUAAUUACAGUGCAGAAAAUAUUUUCAUUCGUCGUGGUUUAGUACGCUGCCGAUUUGAUCAUUUUAUGCUGUCAGAGUUUGCCAUUUACUGUGCGGUAAUAAGGCAUCAAAUUGGGAACAAACACUUUUGCAACACUUAUGAACAAAUGUACGUAUUUAGUUAUGACGACUAAUUUAAUAAAUAUUCUGUAGCCUUCUUAUAA